AUUGAAAUAAAAUUUUAAAAGUACUAUCAAACUAAUUAAAAAUGAAUUCAAUAUAUUUAUUAUGCUUUUUGGCAUUUGUGUCGAUAGGAAAUGCUAUGAUUUCUGUUAACUUACAAAAUGAAAUGAGAAAUUCACGUAACUUUACGGGCAAAGUAGUACUGGUGACCGGAUCCAGUUCCGGUAUUGGGGAGGGUAUUGUCAAACUAUUUUCGGCAUUGGGUGCCAGUGUUGUGGUCACCGGUAGGAACUCAUCCGAAGUGUCACGAGUGGCCAAAGAGGCUCAAGAAUUAUCACCAAAUAAUCUGAAGCCGUUGCAAGUAGUGGCAGAUGUGACCAAAAGUGAUGACUUGCACCGACUUUUGAACGAAACCAUUGAACGUUUCGGGAAAUUACAUGUUUUGGUUAAUAACGCGGGAGUCCUGAAAAGCGCCGACAUUUGGGACCAAUAUGUGAUGGAUGUGUUUGACGAGACCUUUAAAGUCAAUUUGAGGGCUUAUGUGGAGUUAAGUCAUUUGGCGGUCCCUUAUUUGGAUGAAACCAACGGCACUAUUAUUAGCACUUCUAGUAUGCUGUCUAUGAGACCGCAUACAUUCCUCAUGGCUUACGGAGCAUCUAAGGCUGGUGUAGAUUUCAUGACCAAAGUGUUGGCACUUGAAUUGGGUCCCAAAAUCCGUGUGAAUGCUGUCAAUCCGGGUCACACGCGCUCUAAUCUGAACCACAUAAUGGGUGUUCAGGCUCAGCAAGCCCUGGAAAACCAUAUCAUUGAGUUGACACCUCUUAAACGAGUGGCCGACCCCUUAGAUGUGGCCAAAGGUGUGGUAUUCCUGGCCUCAGACGACGCCAGCUUUAUUACCGGCGCUAAUCUGGUCAUCGAUGGCGGA